GGGUGGGUAUAAAACGCUGAGCGCCGCUUUAAUCUGCAGCAGAACCGGAUCCGCUCCAGACCAGAUCACACCCGAGACCCGAACCAGGUCAGCAGCCGGCCGUCGUCAUGCCUUUCGGAAACACCCACAACAAGCUGAAGAUGAACUACUCGUCGGAGCAGGAGUACCCCGACCUCAGCCAGCACAACAACCACAUGGCCAAGGUGCUCACGCCCGAACUGUACGAGAGCCUGAGGGAUAAGGAGACGCCCAGCGGGUUCACCCUGGACGACGUGAUCCAGACCGGCGUGGACAACCCAGGUCACCCGUUCAUCAUGACGGUGGGCUGCGUCGCCGGAGACGAGGAGACAUACGAGGUGUUCAAAGACCUGCUGGACCCGGUGAUCGAAGACCGCCACGGAGGAUACAAACCGUCAGACAAACACAAGACAGACCUGAACGCUGACAACCUGCAGGGCGGGGAUGAUCUGGAUCCAAACUACGUUCUGAGUUCUCGGGUCCGGACCGGACGGAGCAUCCGCGGCUUCUGUCUGCCGCCGCACUGCAGCCGCGGAGAACGCCGCGCCAUCGAGAACCUCUCCGUGGAAAGUCUGGACGUCCUGGACGGGGACCUGAAGGGGAAGUACUACGCCCUGAAGAACAUGACGGAGGAGGAGCAGCAGCAGCUGAUCGAUGACCACUUCCUGUUUGACAAGCCCGUCUCCCCGCUGCUGCUGGCGUCCGGCAUGGCGCGCGACUGGCCCGACGGCCGCGGCAUCUGGCACAACGACAACAAGACGUUCCUGGUGUGGGUGAACGAGGAGGACCACCUGCGUGUCAUCAGCAUGCAGAAGGGCGGGAACAUGAAGGAGGUGUUCAACCGCUUCUGCACCGGCCUCACCCAGAUCGAGGGCCUGUUCAAGGAGCGGGGACACGAGUUCAUGUGGAACGAACACCUGGGCUACGUCCUCACCUGUCCAUCCAACCUGGGGACGGGCCUGAGGGCCGGGGUCCACGUCAAACUACCCAACGUCAGCAAGCACGACAAGUUCGGAGACAUCCUGAAGAGACUGAGGCUGCAGAAGAGAGGCACAGGCGGCGUGGACACGGCGGCGGUGGGCGGAGUCUUUGACAUCUCCAACGCCGACCGUCUGGGCUUCUCGGAGGUGGAGCUGGUCCAGAUGGUGGUGGACGGCGUGGCGCUGCUGGUGGACAUGGAGAAACGUCUGGAGAACGGGGACGCCAUCGACGACCUCGUCCCCGACCAGAAGUAGUGACCUCUGACCUCACACCCCUCACCCCCCCUCACUCCUCACUGUAACCAAUCAGAAGCCGUCCUGACCGCGGGACGUUUAGAGUCUCCGUUAGUCUCAGAGUCCCCACAGGACAACGAUUAUUAUUACACCGAUUAUAAGUCCCUGAAACACCUAAUAAAGGCUGUUGGUCCCCCAAA